AUGCGUGCCGUCUUCGUCUUCGUUCUGCUCGCGCUGCUUGCGUGUUGCAAUGGAAUCGCCAGCGCUGAGAGUGUCGUUAAGGUGAACGCUCUGCAGGCUGACGCUGUCGAGGCCCCAGUCGACAGUGCCAUCACUCGUCGCCGCCUCAGGGGCACAGUCGCGGAGGAGGAAGAGAGAAUUCUGGGCCUGGAAAAGCUGGCAAACCGCGUGACGAGCCUGUUCAAGACCAACCCGGGUCUCGCACAGAAGGCCGAGAAUCUGCAGAAGAGUCCCAGCGCGGUCAAGGCAUUGGAGAAGGCGACGCUGUCAGAGAAGGGCUCGGGCAAGCUGCGCGCGUACUUCGCGAGGCUCUCGGCCAACAGCUCCAAGCAGGAGAAGUUCUUCAUCAUCGCGACCAUCCUGCUAUUCAUCGCCGGUGUUGGAGUGGCAUGGCUUAGUUAG